CAGACCGACUCACAGUGACCUACUGUCGGAGCAGUGGCCCUGGAGGGCAGAAUGUCAACAAGGGUGAGGAGACUGCUUGCUCAAUAACAUCAGAUUUUCCUGCUCUCACAGGCUACAGACCACCGUCACCUUGGCUCGAUGCUGUGUGACCCUCAUCCAAGGGGAUUCACCUCUGGUUCAACUGGAAGUGACAACAUAUUGAGUUGUAUCAUGUUCUUCUCUGGAAUCCUGACUGGUUGAUUGGGGAGCUUACUGCAUCGUGAUCAGGAGCUCGAGUCCUGGCUGUUUUUCAAUUCUGCAUCCACCCAGGGACUUAGUCUGUCACUAACCCAGAUGAGCAGCAGAGAUACCUGGACUGUUUUAGCAACAGGGCUGACCACAGUUUGACUGAGAUUCACUACCCACUCCACAUGUGGCCUACCAGUACUCAUGGGAAAAAUACCCACGUGUGGUAUAACCCUCAUAAAGGUGAACACCAAGGCAGAAGUGAGGUUCCAUGUGGCGACAGCUGACUGGCUCCCUGAGGAUGUGCGGAGUGUAAUCACUGCUAAGUACCGGAACAGAAUUAAUCGGGCCGGGCAGCUGAUUGUCACUUCGGAAAUCAGCAGGUACCAGAUGAAAAACCUUGCUGAUUGUCUGCAGAAGAUUCGGGACAUAGUGGCAUCAGCAAGUCAGAAACCCAAGCAGCCGUCCAAAGAGGAUGCUGAGAUUCGGAGAAUGAGGGUGGAGAAUAUGCAACGAGAACGGCUACGGCAGAAGAGGAUCCAAUCUACCAUCAAACGAGACCGACGAGUGGGAUUUGACUGAACAGUUAGUCACUGAACAACAAUGUAUGUGAACCUAGUGGGAGGAGGGUCAGCUCACUCACUAUCUCUAUCAUUUUGUACAAAAGAUAAAUUAAUAAAAUUGCUGCAAGUCA